AUGACGUCUGAGGAGAAAUCGUCCAAGCCCAAGAGGUCCAGAAAGGACCACCCCCAGGCAAUUGUCUCUCGUUUCUGGGACAGAUUCCACCACAAGACGCCCGGGAAGGUCACCUCCAUCUUCCCCCGGGAGCUCUACAAGACCAUUGACCCUGAUUUCGUCCCGGCCUCGGCCCGCGUUCGAAAUGCCGCACAGAGCUAUGAGGACGCCCGCACCAAGUGCCUGGAGCUGGUCCGGACUGCUGUCGCGGACUGCGAGAGCACCAAUUCCAAGUUCUGCGACCCCGAGUUUGAUCUCGAGCAGGAUUUCUUCUUCGAGCUUGAUGACUGCCUGUACGGCCUCGAGCGGUGCAACUGCGCCGAGGAGAGCUCCGAUGAUGACGAGGACGAGCAUCACCACCCCAAGCAUGGCGAGCAGUCGGCCAGGCCCAGCAAGUCUUCCCGCUCGUCCAAGUCGAAGAAGCCUCCCCAUAAAUGCAGCAGGAACAAGCCCGCCAACCGGCAGGGCGUGCUCGCGUGCACCGCCAAGACGCGACCGCAGGCCGUCCACCGCAUCCCGUGGAUCUUUGACAACCCCCAAUUCACCGUCGACGGCUUCUCGGGCUCCGACAUCAAGCAGGGUGCCAUUGGCGACUGCUGGUGGCUCGUCGGCGUCGGCAACAUCGCGCACCGCAAGGAUCUGAUGAACAAGAUCUGCGUCGCGCGCGACGAGGAGUGCGGCGUCUACGGCUUCGUCUUCUUCAAGGACGGGGAGUGGGUUCCCACCAUCAUCGACGACAACCUGUAUCUGCACACCGAGGAUUACGGCGCGAGCGAUGAGAUCUACGACAGCAGCGGCAAGAAGACCAGGCUUUGGAAGAAGAGAUACCAAUCUGGCUCCGAGGCUCUUUUCUGCGCCCAGUGCGAGAGUGAGAAUGAGACCUGGCUGCCUCUGCUUGAGAAGGCUUAUGCCAAGAUUCAUGGCGAUUUUGAAGCCAUUGAAGGAGGCUGGUCCGGAUCCGCUGUUGAGGAUCUCACUGGUGGUGUCACCAGUAUGAUUCUGAGCAACCGCGUGCUGCGCAAAGAGAAGCUUUGGCGAGAGCUUGUCGAGGUCGAUGGAGAGAAUGGCGAGUUCGUCUUCGGCUUGUCUGCUUCUGGACCUUCAAACGUCGACAAGAAGAAUGGUCUUCAGCUCAAUCAUGCCUACGCCAUCACCCGCGCGGUCGAGGUGGAGGAUAGCAAGGGAGUCAAGACCAAGCUGCUCAAGAUCAGGAACCCGUGGGGUCAGAAUGCCGAGGCUGGACUUGGAGAGUGGCAUGGCCCUUGGUCGGAUGGAUCCAAGGAAUGGACUCACGAUAUGAUCACCAGGCUUGAACACGAGUUUGGCGAUGAUGGAGUGUUCUGGAUGACCCUUGAAGACACCUUGAGCAACUUCAAGUGGCUUCACCGAACGCGCCUCUUUGACGAGAGAUGGACUGUCGCUCAGCACUGGACUAGCACUCCUGUCAGCUGGAUCCCCGGCUAUCUCCAGACCAAGUUCCUUGUCGAAGUCGAGAAGGAAGGCACUGCUGUCAUUGUCCUGUCCCAGCUUGACGAACGCUACUACCAAGCGCUAGAGGGCCCUUAUGCCUUCAGCAUGGAGUUCCUCAUCCGCAGCGUGGACUCACCCGCCAUUCUUGGCCAGGCAAGAUGCAGCAACCACGAUCCCGCAAACCGCGCCAUCAACUGCGAGGUCUACCUCAAGCCUGGCAAGUACGAGGUGCUCCCCAAGGUCCACGCUGAGCGCUACCCCGGGCGACCACCCGUUGAGGAUGUCAUCAAGAAGUAUGCCAUCCAGAAUCCCCGCAAGCUGCAGCAGUUGGGUAUGCAGCAUGACAUCGCCCAUGCCAAGGUUGGCGUCUUGGAUGAAGAUGAGGUUCAUAUCAGGAAGCAGCUUGAGAAGAAGAGGGAGAAGAGGGAGCAGAAGCGAAAGGAAGAGGCUGAAAACGACAUGGCUCAGGCUAUGGAGAAGAUGCAGCUAGCCAUGGCGGAGAUGCAGCUGGAGCUGAACAAGCAUGAGAGGAACAAGAUGAUCCAGGACAUGGCAGAGAUCAAGGAGAAGCUGGACAAGCGUAUCAAGAAGGAAGGCAAGAACUCCAAGGAUGAUGAUGAGGAGGAGGAGGAAGCAAAGGCCACUCCAGCCAACAAAGGAGCAUCUGCAGCACCUGGUGCCGGAAAGAACAAGAGACGAAACAGGAGAAGAAACCGCAAAGCCAAGGCGGAUGAGGAGGAGAAGAAAGAAGAGGAGGAGAAGGAGAAGGAGGAGAAUGAUGACGAGGAGGAAGAUGAAGAUGAUGAGGAUGACUCUGACUAUGAGGAUUCCGAAGAGGAGGAUUCUGAUGAAGAUGACGAUGAUGAUGACGAGGAGGAAGAGGAAGAGGAAGACGAUGACGACAGUGAUGAGGACAAGCUGCCCUGGAACCCUGUUUGCGUUAUGUGUCUUAGCGUGUAUGCGCAAGACAAGGGGGUUACCGUCAAGGUUUUGGGCGAGGAUGAGGAGGAUUCCGACGAGGAGGAAGAAGAAGAGGAGGAGGAGGAGGAGAAGGAGUAA